AUGGAAAGAGGUGAACCAUCAGGAGGUGACCCAUCUUUGAUGGAGCCUACUGGUGGUAUCAAUGACCCAUCUUUGAUGGGGCCGCUUUGUGUUAUUGACUACCCAUCUUUGAUGGGGCCGUUUGGUGGUGUUGGCGGUGGGCUUCAAUCACAAAUGAACGAUACACCUGAAAAUGGUCCAAGCAAUCAGUCUGUGGAAGUGCAUGCAAACAAUGGUAAUGAAGAAAGCCCCGGUGAUGGUGCCGCUAGAAUCACUGAGGUUGGUUCGAGCACCGCAGGCAAAAACAAGAAGAAACGCGGUGAUCGCCAGGAUGGUCCACAGCCAAACAAGAGGUCGCUACACAGGGUCACCAGCCAGCAGUUAGAAAUACUUGAAGGAUUCUUCAGCAUAUGCGCACACCCUGAUGACAAUCAAAGGAGGCAGCUGAGUGAGUCGACGGGUCUUUUGCUACAUCAAGUGAAGUUUUGGUUCCAGAAUAAGAGGACCCAUGUAAAGCAUCUAAGUGGAAGAGAAGAGAACUACAGGUUGAAAGUAGAGAAUGAUACGCUGGAGGAGGAAAACAAUAGGCUUAGGCAGUUGCAGAGCAAUGCUCCUGCUCCUGCUCCCUGUCCCAGAUGCAUUAAUGAUCCAGGACACCUCCUACUCGAGAAAGAAGUUGAACGGCUGAAGGAGCUUAACCAGAUGCUGCAGCAAGAGUUGCAGCUACUACAAAGCACGGGUAAUGAAAUACCUAUGGCUAUGGAUUCAGCUGCCGGCGCUUUCCAACUUGAUCCCUCGUUAGAAAAUGUCUUCGUAGUGCAACAUGACGAGCAGAUGCUUGCCAACCUAGCCCAGAACGCAGCACAGGAGUUUCUCAUCUUGGCUGACCCCAAUAGCGCUCUCUGGCUGAAUGUCCCCCGUGGUUCCUUCGAAACACUGAACAUGGUUGCCUACGCCCAAACAUUUCCUGGGCAGAUGGGUGUAGACACCAUCGCUAUGAAGACAGAGGCUACCCGUGCCAGCGCUGUGGUCAUGCUGGACCCUAAAAGUAUUGUGGAGUUUCUCAUGGAUGCUGAGAGCUAUGCCACAAUGCUCCCUGGACUCGUGUCCGCUGCAGAGACCACCAAGGUGUACAGUUGUCCUACCGGUCGCGAGGAAUACUAUGAUGGGGCUAUGCAGAUGAUGACUGUUGAGCUGGUGUUCCCCUCGCCUCUGGUGGCGGCUCGGAAAUGCACGUUCGUGCGCUACUGCAAGAGGCUGGAACAGCAGGGAGCCAUUGCCGUCGUCGACGUGUCUUUGGACGACGGUGCUAGGUGCCGCAAGAUGCCAUCAGGGCUACUGAUCCAGCCCAUAAGGUACAACAGCUGCAAGGUCACCGCCAUCGAUCACGUUCUAGUAGAUGGCACUAACACUCAUGACCUCUUCGGUCCAUGCCUGAGCGGCCUCCUCUUCGGAGCCAGGCGCUGGGUGACGAGCAUGGCGCGACAGUGCGCGCGAAUCAGAGACGUGUUCCAUGUCACCAACUGUACCCUCAACGUCACUUCAAGGGGGAGGAAGACCAUCAUGAAGCUGGCAGAUAAUCUGCUGGCCAACUUCACCAGCAGCGUCGCCGCCUACCAUGAGGACGCCUGGACCGUCCAGUGUGGGCUGGGCACGGAACAAGACAUCAAGAUCAUGUACAAGACGCAAAACGAGAGCAGCAGCAGCAGCCACACCGCGGUCGUGUGCGCGAGCGCGUCGUUCCUGGUGCCGCUGCACAUGGGGAAAGCGUUCGACCUGCUCAAGAACAAUAUGCUGCGUGCCAAGUGGGACGUCCUGGUGAAUGGAGGCUCCGUGAAGGAGGAGGUUCGUGUAGCCAAUGGCACCGGAAGUAACGACGCUGUCUCCAUCCUGCAUGUCAAGCAUGGCCACGGGGCAAACAGGGACACCAUGAUGAUCCUGCAGAACACCUGCUACGAUGCGUCUGGAGCGUUCAUGGUCUACUCCUCUCUUGACAAACAGCUCAUGGAGGUAAUUGGUGACAACCAGGCAAUGAGCAACAUUAGCCUCUUCCCCGCCGGCUUCUCCCUGGUUCCCCUCACCGACCCGGCGGGGCACGAUGGCGCCGGCAUUGCACAGCCUGGGGCAACUGUGAUGACUGCAGGGUUCCAGAUUCUGAUGAAGCUGGCCCGUGGGACUGGCCUUUGCCCUCGCUCAGUGACGUCGGCAGUCAAGAUCAUGACAGACAACGUUGCCAACAUCAAAGACGCUCUGUUGAACAGCCACCCUGUUUUCUAUAAGAGCAUCCAGCCUGUCAACUAG